UCAAACAGAAGCAUGACUGUCGUUAUUGUAAUGCGACUACGCUGACGCAUAAGGAAUAUUUAAAACAUCUUGAAAUGCACAAGGAACAUGGUUUAUACAAGUGUACUUUGUCCACAUGUGGAAAGAAAUGGCGUACCCUAAAAUUACUUCGACAGCAUUAUGAGAAACACCAACCUAAACUUAAAUGUGAAAUCUGUGGCUCUUUCUUUUCUUAUAAGAAUGGACUAAGAGAGCACAAGAAACGAUGCCACGGAGUUAGAG